GUGCUGCAGAAUUUCCUACGCUGCCAGAACAACAAGACGAACUACAACUUGGUGUGCGAGACGCUGCAGUUUCUGGACUGUAUCUGCGGAAGCACAACUGGUGGACUUGGACUUCUUGGCCUGUAUAUAAAUGAGAAAAAUGUGGCGCUGAUCAACCAGACACUGGAAAGUUUGACUGAGUACUGUCAGGGGCCUUGCCAUGAAAACCAGAACUGCAUUGCUACUCACGAAUCCAAUGGUAUUGACAUAAUCACGGCAUUAAUUCUCAAUGACAUCAACCCCUUGGGAAAGAAGAGGAUGGACCUUGUGUUAGAACUGAAGAACAAUGCUUCAAAAUUAUUGCUGGCGAUCAUGGAGAGCAGGCACGACAGCGAGAACGCGGAGAGGAUCCUGUAUAACAUGAGGCCGAAAGAGCUGGUGGAAGUGAUAAAGAAGGCCUAUCUGCAAGGUGAAGUGGAAUUUGAGGAUGGAGAGAAUGGGGAAGAUCUUGCAGCAUCUCCAAGGAACGUGGGACACAAUAUUUAUAUACUAGCUCACCAGUUGGCUCGUCAUAACAAAGAGCUGCAGAACAUGCUGAAGCCUGGAGGUCAGAUAGAGGGAGACGAGGCUCUGGAGUUCUACGCCAAGCACACAGCGCAGAUUGAGAUUGUCAGGUCGGACCGUACAAUGGAGCAAAUUGUCUUCCCUGUACCCAGUAUAUGUGAAUUUCUCACCAAGGAGUCCAAGCUGCGGAUAUACUAUACCACAGAGAGGGAUGAACAAGGCAGCAAGAUCAAUGAUUUCUUCAUGAAAUCAGAAGACCUCUUUAAUGAGAUGAACUGGCAAAAGAAAUUGCGAGCUCAACCUUUCCUGUACUGGUGUGCUCGCAACAUGUCCUUCUGGAGCAGUAUUUCCUUUAACUUGGCUGUCCUUAUGAACCUACUUGUAGCAUUUUUCUAUCCAUUCAAAGGAAUUCGAGGAGGUACCCUAGAGCCCCACUUGUCAGGCUUGCUGUGGACAGCUAUGCUGAUUUCUUUUGAAGUACCUCUUCCGAAGCCCCAUGGUAUCCGAGCCUUAAUAGCUUCUACGAUAUUACGACUAAUAUUUUCAGUUGGUUUACAACCUACUUUAUUUCUUCUGGGUGCAUUCAAUGUUUGUAAUAAAAUCAUUUUUCUGAUGAGUUUUGUGGGUAACUGUGGAACCUUCACUAGAGGAUACAAGGCAAUGAUCAUGGAUGUGGAGUUUCUGUAUCACCUACUGUACCUUCUCAUUUGUGCUCUGGGACUCUUCGUACAUGAAUUUUUUUAUAGUUUGUUGCUCUUUGACUUGGUGUACAGAGAAGAGACUUUGCUGAAUGUCAUUAAGAGUGUCACUCGCAAUGGGCGCUCCAUCAUCCUGACCGCUGUGCUCGCCCUCAUCUUGGUCUACCUGUUCUCAAUAGUGGGAUACCUGUUCUUCAAAGAUGACUUUAUCCUGGAAGUAGAUAAGCUCCCUAAUGAAACACUGUUGCCAGAUCGCACAGAAUCAGGUGAGACCAUGACUGGGGAGUUUCUCUAUUCAGAUGUGUGUAAAGCAGGUAGUGGUGAAAACUGUUCUUCAAUCAUUCCUUCUGAGCAAGUGAUUGCUGAAGAAAUGGAGGAGGAGAAUAAGGAGCAUACGUGCGAGACGCUGCUGAUGUGCAUUGUCACGGUCCUGAGUCACGGGCUCCGCAGCGGGGGCGGAGUAGGUGAUGUGCUCAGGAAGCCGUCCAAGGAGGAACCUCUCUUUGCUGCUAGAGUGAUAUAUGAUCUGUUAUUCUUCUUCAUGGUCAUCAUUAUUGUCCUUAACCUGAUUUUUGGUGUGAUCAUUGACACUUUUGCUGAUUUAAGGAGUGAAAAACAGAAGAAAGAAGAAAUUUUAAAAACUACUUGCUUUAUUUGUGGUCUGGAAAGAGAUAAGUUUGAUAACAAGACAGUCACAUUUGAAGAGCAUAUUAAAGAAGAGCACAAUAUGUGGCACUAUUUGUGCUUUAUUGUGUUAGUAAAAGUAAAAGAUUCAACAGAGUACACAGGACCAGAAAGUUACGUGGCAGAAAUGAUCAAGGAGAGAAACCUUGACUGGUUCCCCCGGAUGCGAGCCAUGUCACUGGUGAGCAGCGACUCAGAAGGAGAGCAGAACGAGCUGAGAAACUUGCAGGAGAAGUUAGAGUCCACUAUGAAGCUCGUGACCAAUCUCUCUGGCCAGCUGUCAGAGCUGAAAGAUCAGAUGACAGAACAGAGGAAGCAGAAACAGCGUAUUGGUCUCCUAGGACACCCUCCUCCCAUGAAUGUGAACCCACAGCAACCAGCAUAAAUCAGAAGGGUCACUUAUCCCUCUUGCAACAAUAUGGAUGAUGCUAAACAAGAGUUCAGAUUCAACCACUAAGGCUGCUUCUGUGUAUGUUUAGUUCAUUUUGUAAAUAACGUGUUUUUAUACUAUAUGUAUAUGACUGCUACUAUAUAAAGUCUGGGGCCAUACGUAUUGUAAUUAGAACUGUUGGCACAUGAUGGAGGUUAUACUUGUGCCAAAACUAUCAAAAUUGCCUUUUUAUUGGAAGGACUAAAGAGAGCACCUGAAUUGCACUUGAAAAGAAUAUUUGACUAUGUGACAUGUAUUUUGUAUUUAAAAAAUAGAAUAGCUAGUAUUUAUGUUUUUAUACAAUUGUGCAAUAUGAAUUAUGCAAUCACAAUAUAUUUGUAACUCCUGAAUGUCCUAAAGGGAGUGCACAUCUUUGAAUCUGGUGUGUUAGUACAAUGUAAUAAAUGGUAUAAAAUUACAAGUGUAAAUGAGGCUGCUGCAAAAUUGUGUUACUGGUGAUUUUUCAUACCCCUGGACAUUUUUGUACCAUGUGUGUAAAUAUCCUGCAAUGCCAUAUCUGUUGCCUCUUCCUCCCAGAGAGAACUCUGGGAAUUCAUGAGCUGUUAAAUUAGUGUCAAUUAAAGCAAAACAUUACUUUGAAGCUUCCAAAUAAGGAAAACAGGAGGUAUUUUUCAAGUGUUUUCCUCAAAGUACUGAGGCUAGAAGAGCUCAGAUACCAGGUUUUUUAAACAGUAAAAUUUCUUAAAGGGAACUUUUUAUGCAAAAUGAAAGUUUGGGAUGAGUAUGCACUACUGGUGAAUCAGUGCAGUCUCCUACAGGCAUUUUGUGCCGUGACACUUAAACUCUAAUGAGGCUGUCCGGGCUUUGCGUUCUCAGCGUAGGAUUCCUUCCUUUUAUUUUUUCAUUAGAGACCUAUGUGCCUGCUAAAGUUUGGGCAAACAGGCGUUGCACCAAUUGAAACAUGAACUAUCCCCUUAGGACUGUAGUAGAGCACUGAUAUAUGUAAUACUUGUGAGAGAGCCACUUGUUUUGAGAUUUUGUCCCAUCCCUUUCUAUCCCUUUCCCUCUCCAUUUGGUCACUCUUUCUUUGGUUUCUGCUUCUAGAGAGUAUGAGAGGAACCUCUUUUUUUUUUUUUCUUCUUCCCUUCCCCUCCAAUCCAUUGCAUAGUUUUAUAACAUGGACCUCAUUUUACAAAAGCUAAUUUCUCUGCAAUACUGUCUACAAAAAAAAAAAAAGAGCUACAAACAGAGCUAUGAAAAUUUGUAAAUGCAUAAAUAUAGGUAUUUAAAUAAAUGAU